AUGUCGUUUGCACCUUUGAAGAACGACCUGAUUUUGCGGGCUGCUCGUGGCGAGAAGGUCGAGCGCCCUCCGAUGUGGAUCAUGCGCCAGGCUGGUCGCUAUCUGCCAGAGUACAACCAGUACAAAGGCUCGAGCGACUUUUUUGAUUUGUGCCGGGACCCUGAGAAGGCGUCUGUCAUUACUAUCCAGCCGAUUAAACACUAUCCAGGUCUCUUAGACGCUGCUAUUAUUUUCAGCGAUAUCUUAGUUGUCCCUCAGGCUCUCGGUAUGACCGUCGAGAUGAAGGAAGGCGCUGGCCCUCAUUUCCCUGACCCGCUGAGAAAGCCUGAGGAAGUCGAUUCCAAGCUCAACUUCAAUCCCGACGUCUCCAAAGAGCUCGAUUGGGCUUUCAAGGCGAUUACCUUGACCCGCAAGAAGUUGGAUGGAGAAGUGCCUCUGCUCGGCUUCUGCGGGGCGCCCUGGACCCUCCUUGUCUACAUGAUCGAAGGCGGGGGCUCUAAAAUGUACCGCUUUGUUCGUGAAUGGAUUUACAAGUACCCUCAGGAGUCCCACCGAGUGUUGCAGCUAUUGACAAAGACAUGCAUUGAGUUUUUGGCCCUGCAAGUUCAGGCGGGCGCCCAAAUGGUGCAAAUCUUUGAUUCUUGGGCUGGUGAACUUGGGCCCACCGAAUUUAAAAAGUUCUCUUUGCCUUACUUGCUUGAGAUUGCUGAAAAGCUUUCUCUUCGUCUUAAAGAACUCGGCUUGGAGCCCGUGCCUAUGACGAUUUUCGCCAAGGGUGCCUGGUACGCCGUCGAGGACUUGUGCAACUCCAACUAUAACACCAUUUCGCUUGACUGGCUGCACGACCCUGCGCAGGCGGUAGCUCAGGUCGCUGGCCGCAAAGUGCUGCAGGGCAACCUUGAUCCUGGUGUGAUGUAUGGCUCUAAGGAGACAAUCACCGCCAAGGUCGAGGAAAUGAUCAAGGGAUUCAACGGUGGUAAGCAAAACUAUAUCAUCAACUUUGGUCAUGGCACGCAUCCUUUCAUGGAUCCCGAAAACAUCGGCUGGUUCCUUGAGGAGUGUCACCGGGUUGGCUCUCUGUAA